AUGAAGAACUUAAACAGUGAGUGCUUUGCAGCUACCAGUACACCAAUUCGACCAAAAGUAACCCAGGAGAAUUUUAAUGGUUACUUUCGCAGAUAUCUUGGACAUCUAUGUCUAGACUUGUCAAUAUCGUCUUUAUCUUCUUUACCAUCAAGAGAAUCAUCAACUGAAGAUGCGAUGCCGUUGUCACCCGUGAGAACGCCUUCGAACUCGACCACGGAAUCUCCAUCAGUAUCACCCAUGUCAUAUUUGAGUACACAACGUAUUGAUUUAGAGAAGAACUACGUGGAUAACAAAGAGAACAAUUGGUCGAAUGAUCCAGCUUACAUUGAGGAUUUCAAUAGAGGAUAUCGUGGAUAUGCGAACCGUAAAGCCAGAAAAUGUAUAGGUGAACAUAUGCAAAGACCGGAUAUCCGUAUCAUUACCAACAAUCAACAUGUUCCAAGGAAGCCGUCGAUGAUGUCUGCGUCUGGAGUAUCGUGGUCUAGUCCAGAAAGAACUGGGAGUAUCAGCACGAUGAACUCCACACAUAAAGAAUUGUCAAAAGUUGUAUGUACAUCGUAUUCUUGUCGAUCUCGUGUUAAACAAAUUAUUAACUAUCAACUUCGUUGA